AUGAUCUUAACGACCCUGUAGUUACUGCGAGUCAGUGUGUAGUUAGUGGGCAGCAGUGCCAACAUGUAUAGAAUUUGUGUGACUUUAAUUUUAGUCUCAUAUUUAUAUGGAGCUCAAUCCAAGGUGAUAUUAAAAUUUAAUGAUUUAGAAGAUGUUGCAUCAAAUUUAAUUAAUCAUGUCUCAGUAGACACAAAAAUGCACGUGGAAUUACCGACUUACAAACCAGAAACAAAAGAAGCAGAUAAAGUUGCUGAUUCGAAAGAUGACGAGCCCAGUGUAGUUAAAGCGGCCGUGGAAGUGGUCCCCAAAACGAACGAAACGGUAGCAAACUGUGAUGAACUCAGAAACAUAUCGGAGAAUGUGAUAAACUCUGAGGAAAUUGAACUCUGUAAAGAUAAGGUUAAGGUCGACAAUGGUACAGCUUUAAUUCUAACACCGCUCAUAGAGGACGGUAAAAUCGAGGAGGCGCGUUCGUCUUCUAGAGUGGACCCGGAUCUCUUCCUCGGUUUCGAGAGCCACACGGGCUUUCUGACAGUGAACAAAACGUACGAUUCAAAUUUGUUCUUUUGGUAUUUCCCCGUGCAAGACAAGCCCGUGAAUGAGACGCCGUGGAUAAUUUGGUUGCAAGGCGGCCCGGGGGCUUCCAGCUUGGUGGGACUGUUCGAUGAGAUCGGACCUUUCAAGGUUGGACCGAAUAAUGUUUUGAUAAAAAACGAAUUUACAUGGCUGUGUAACCAUUCUUUGGUGUUCAUCGACAACCCCGUUGGAACGGGCUACAGUUUUACCAACCACGAAGAUGGAUACGUCAGUGAUAUGGCUACGUACGCCGACCACUUGCACUCAGCAGUGCAACAGCUGCUUCAAGUUUUUCCAGAGUUACGAAAUGCGCCGCUGUAUAUAGCUGGAGAGUCGUACGCCGGCAAAUAUGUCCCGGCUUUGGCGAUGGAGAUACACAAACACAAUAAUACUUCAGAAUUACAUGUUAAUUUAAAGGGACUGAUGCUUGGAAACGCGUAUGUUGAUCCCGAAAUGAUCGCGAGAAUCUCCCGGUCGUUCUACUACUUCGGUCUAUUAGACAAGGAACAGUUGGGCAUAGUCGAACCGCUUCUGAGCAAAUUCCGACAGGACAUAGCGAAUAAUGACAGCAUAGGCGCUAAGAACAAAUGGAACAGCUUGAUCGUCAUUCUGCUGUUCAUGACGAAUCAAAGGCACGCCUACAAUUUCCUCAAGGACGACUCAGAGAUGGGUCACUUUAUCCCGUUUUUUGACUCGUCUAAUAUUAAAAAGGCCAUCCAUGUCGGGGAUAUUAAAUUCUCCUUCGUCAACGUAACGGUCAAUGUUAAAAUGUCUCCAGAUUUCUUAAGCAGCUCCAAAGGAUUAGUGGAGCAACUCUUAGAACAUUACAGAGUUCUCGUGUAUUGUGGACAGCUUGACCUGAUGAUUCCCUGUGUUUCCAUCUUGGAUCAAAAUCGAACUUGGAAAUGGAAUGGUACCAAAGAAUUUUUAGAAGCAAGAAGAUAUCCUUACAUAUACAAUAAGAGACUUGCCGGAUACCACAAAACCGGCGGUCAAUUAACAGAGGUGGUGGUGCGUGGUGCGGGCCACAUGGUGCCUGUUGACACUCCCGAGCCUGUCCAGACGAUGGUCGCCAGGUGGACGUACGAUAAGCCUCUAAGUAAACAUUUUGGAGCAUACGAAGGCUCCUAUAUAGAAGACUACAUAAAGAAUCACACGAAUGUAUACUUUUUCAGCAUUAUUAUGACAAUGACACUGGCUUCAGAAAGUAUACCUGAAUUAUAUUUAACACCAAUGAUCAAAAGCAAUACAACAAAUGAAAUAAGAAAUGUUUCUAAAGUGAAAUCAGACAUUUUUCAUAUUGAGAGCUAUACAGGAUAUUUGACAGUGAACAAAAUUUUUAACUCCAAUUUAUUCUUUUGGUACAUUCCUGUCCCUGGUAAGGAUGUACUUAAGACACCAUGGAUUAUAUGGCUGCAAGGUGGGCCCGGUGCUUCCAGCAUGUUUGGAUUAUUCAAAGAGGUUGGACCAUUUAGAUACAAAAACAAUGCUAUAGAAAUCAGAGAUACAUCUUGGUGUAAAAAAUAUUCCAUGGUAUUCAUUGAUAAUCCAGUUGGAGCUGGUUUUAGUUUUACUGAUUCUGAUGAUGGAUAUCCAGAACUCAUCGAAACAUAUUCAGAGCAUCUGUACAUAGCAGUGAAACAGCUUGUCCAACUUUAUCCUGAACUUGGCAAGACUCCUUUGUAUAUAGCUGGGGAAUCAUAUGCAGGGAGAUAUGUUCCAGGCUUAGCAAUGAAAAUAUUAGAUGAACAGCACAAUGGAGAAAAAUUAGUAGAUUUAGAGGGUUUAAUAAUGGGAAAUCCAACAUUGGACAGAGAUAGCAUCAUGGACUAUAUCAGUGUGUUCUACAACUGGGGUUUGAUUGACGCUCAAGGAGCCAGUGCUGCCAAACCUGUGCAAGAACAAUUCCAAAUGGCAAUUCAAAGAGGGGAUGCAGUUCAAGCUUAUGAGCUACGGGAUAAAUUGCUUGAUAUAUUACAAGAUUUAUCUUAUAAAUAUACAACAUACAACGCAUUAAAAAAUUACAAAGAUAUUGAUGAUUUUGGCGAAUUUUUAACCAGAUCCGAUAUAAGACAAAUAAUACAUGUUGGGAACAGGGUUUUCACUAUCAGCAGCCCUAUAGUUCAUCAUCAUAUGAAAAAAGAUUCAUUGGCAUCCAUUUCGCCAAGAAUUGAGCAGAUACUAGAACAUUGUAAAGUGUUGAUUUAUUGCGGGCAACUGGACCUAACAUCUCCCUGCGUACAGAACGCCGAGGCUCGACGCAGGAAGUGGCACUGGACUGGCAGAGACGAUUUCCUUAAUGCUCCUCGCAUACCCUGGGUCUUUAAUGAUACAUUGACUGGAUAUAUCAAAUCUGGGGGUCGAUUGACCGAGGUGUCGAUAACGGGGGCCGGACACCUCGUCCCUGUGGACAAACCGGCCGAGCUGCUGCAACUAGUGACGGACUUUAUUGAGGACAUCCCCAUACGAGCACCGACUUCUUUAACUAAAAAUAAAGUCGCAGAGUAUAUGGAGUAUUCAUCAGGUCAAACUAACACAGGUUACGUGAUUGGUUUAAUUGCAAGUGGUGCUAUUAAUGUACUGUUGUUGUUAGGUAUUAUCGUCAGCAUUGUGAUGGCCGUUAGAUAUAAGAAGCAAUAUUACAUGAGUCUACCUUUAAGUGAAGAUACACUGGCCUUAGAAAGCAAAUUACAUUUGGAAGCGUGCAAGAAUCUAUCGCGAAUGCGGGGACCGUGGGAGCCGAUUUAUGCUAAGCAGGUCAUUGGUACCCCGUACCUGUUCGCUGCAUGUUGGCAGAGCCUCCUGGCCACGGACGACUUCUCGCUGCCCGACCUGCCGCCGGGGGAGGCCCCGGAGCCGAUCCUCACGUUUAUGGAGCGGACGUACCGGGCGGGACGCACCCGGGAAGGCGACGACGGCGACGCCGGGGAACCUCUGCUGCUCACCCCGCUCAUCGCCACCAAGAAGUUCGACGAAGCGAGGCAGGCCGCGAGAGUCAAGUGCGAUCUCUUCACGUCUGAUAUCGAGAGCUUCUCGGGAUAUCUAACUGUGAAUAAAGAAUACAAUUCCAACCUUUGGUUUUGGUAUUUCCCUGUGGCUGAUAAGCCGGUGGAGGAAACUCCUUGGCUGAUCUGGCUUCAAGGUGGUCCGGGCGCCUCCUCCCUGUACGGGCUUUUCACUGAGAUCGGACCCUACACGGUCACGGACGAUAACAAUUUGGAAGAAAUAAAGUAUUCGUGGGGCAAGAACCAUUCCCUGCUGUUUAUUGACAACCCGGUCGGAACUGGUUUCAGCUUCACCGACGACGACCGCGGGUUCGCGACCAACCAGACAACGAUCGGUGAGAAUCUCUACGAUGCUGUACAACAGUUCCUAACUCUAUUCCCGGAGUUGCGCGCGGCGCCCCUGACUAUAGCCGGCGAGUCCUACGCCGGGAAACACAUACCGUCCCUGGCCGCGCAGAUACACUGGAACAGAAAUGCUGAAAAACCUAUUAAUCUACAGGGUUUAGCUAUCGGCAAUGGAUUCAUCGAUCCCCUGACUCUUCAAAAAUACAGUUACUUUGUACGCGAGACCGGCCUAGUGGACGACAGGGUGGCCAACGUCAUGAAUCACUUAGAAUCAGCAGUAGUGCAGUUCAUUAAUGAUGGAGAAAUGCUCAAAGCGUACGCUUACUACAACUAUCUCCUUAAUCUGUUUCUGUCGGAGUCGAAAUUAAGCAAUCUGUACAACUACCUUCAAGACGACAUAUCGAUAGAUGGCGCUUAUCUAAACUUCAUACAGCGGAGUGAAGUUCGUCGCGCUCUGCACGUGGGGAUAACUAACUUCACGUCUAUUGGAGUUGUGUACCGGAAACUCGUACCGGACUUCAUGGGCAGUGGAAAAUACAUGCUUGAGGAGCUUAUAGAUAACUACAAAGUUAUGUUAUAUAGCGGUCAUCUGGACAUCAUAGUGGCGUACCACCCGUCAGUCAACACGUACAACUCCCUCACAUUCUCUGGCGCGGCCGACUUCCGCUCAGCCAAGCGGAAACCGUGGUACCACGAUGGUAACUUAGUCGGGUACUACAAAGUGGGCGGUAACUUGACGGAGGUGAUGGUGCGAGGAGCGGGCCACAUGGUGCCGGCGGACAAGCCCGCGGCGGCUCUGGGGCUCAUCUCGGCGUUUGCCCGCGGACUCACCCUCGAAAAUGAUACUGGAUUUUUGGUUGAUGACAACAGCGUAUAAUGGUCCUAACUUUUAUAAAAUUUCUGCCAUUGUAUUUUACUUUAAAUAGAAUUGUACUUAAGUCGUUUUGCCUACUUGUAAAUAAAGAUUAGUUAACAUC